AUGGUUGCCCUGCAGAUUAAUAAGCCAGACGUUGCUGCAUGGCUGCGCACUGCGGAAGGAUUCGGCCGCACAUGGCAGUUCCCAAACUGCAUUGGUGCCGUUGAUGGCAAACAUGUCCACAUCAAGCGACCCAAGAACUCCGGCACAAUGUAUUUUAAUUAUAAGGGCACGUACUCCAUCGUUCUCCUUGCCAUAGUCGAUAGUGACUACAAGUUUGUGGUCGUGGACAUUGGCGCCUAUGGCAAGCAGAGCGAUGGCGGAGUCCUCCAGCAGUCGCAGUUUGGGCAGCGCUUGGAGCAAGGCCAUCUGCAACUUCCGAGAAGCUUGGCACUGCCAAACACCAUGCAGCAAGCUCCAUGUGUGUUUGUUGGUGACGAGGCUUUUCAGCUCCGGCCAGACUUCCUGAGACCAUAUCCUGGACGAGAGCUUGAGGACAAGAAGCGGAUCUUCCAUUACCGCCUGAGCAGAGCAAGGUGAAAUUCUCUAAAACUCUUGGAACUCUC